AGCGUAUCUGACUACGUACUCUACACUUUUCAUGAAGCGUUGCAUUGCUGAAAGUGUCGAGCCGUGUCUAUUUUAUUCCUAUCCGGUACAUGGUGCAGGAUACUCAAAAUCAAAUGUGUAUGGAGUAGGUAUGAGCGCUUCGUUUAAGAAAAAACUGUUUGAUUGCGCCAUGAAGGGACUCUGUGAAGUGAAACUUGUUGCUGGGAUUACUAGUCCUCGCGUUACAUUGUCCGUCUUAUCUCCAGCAAUCGAACCUACUCUAACCGAACCGAGUUCUCAAGUCACACAGGCUGUUCCAAAAGAUAGAUGUGCUUUAUGUACUAUUGUUCGUGAUUGCGAAUAUGCCAUUCGACUACUGCCUGCUUCAAGCAAUACCAAACAAUGGGCUGGAUUAUGUCGUUGCUGUCGCGACCGAGUAACUAGUGUCCUCGACUUUUUUACAUAUUCAAAUUAUAUGAUUCAAGGGUCGAUUGGUCCUGGAAAACAAGGUGCUACCAUUUUGAGUAUAUUUAGACAGAUGCUAUGGUUGUGUAGGAGAAUGUCGACUGCCAAAAUUGGAAGUUGUAGUAUGUUUGAAACUGCACUUUCAGCCAUCACUGGACCUGGAGGUGGUGGUGAUUGGGAAACUGAUAUUAAGAUUCUUACAUAGAUGAGUAUCAUAAAAAUAGAUAUUCUAUUUCGAU